ACAUCGACCCUGCUAUCAGACCAAAAAGGUCGAGUCUCGACAUUAUCGAGCAGCAGCUCUCUCUCCGUGUGUGUGUUAGCUUGCACACAGUGGUGAUGAUCUUUCUAACGUCCGGAUAGCUCACCUGCACUAAGAUGACAGACUACGCCGAAGAGCAGCGGAAUGAGCUUGAAGCUAUAGAGUCCAUCUACCCAGACUCCUUCACAGUGUUUUCAGAGGAUCCUACCAGCUUCACCAUCACUGUGACGUCAGAUGCAGGGGAAAAUGGCGAAACCGUGGACGCAACAAUUAAGUUCACGUAUGUUGAGAAAUACCCGGACGAGCCUCCACUGUGGGAGAUUCACUCCCAGGAGAACCUGGAGGACCGUGAUGUGGAGGACAUCCUUACCCUGCUGCAGCAGCAGGCAGACGAAAACCUGGGCAUGGUGAUGAUUUUUACCCUGGUGACAGCUGUUCAGGAGAAGCUCAACGAAAUCGUGGACGUGAUGAAAAACAGAAGAGAAGAAGAGAAACGGCGGAAAGAGAGAGAGGCAGAGGAAGCAGAGAAGGUAGCGUUCCAGGGUACAGUGGUAACCAUUGAAAACUUCCUGGCAUGGAAGGCAAAGUUUGAGCUGGAGAUUGCUGAGCUGAGGAGGAAAAGACAGAAGGAGGAGGAGCAGGCGGGAAAACCCAAACUCACGGGUAAACAGCUGUUUGAGAGAGACCACAACCUGGACACAUCUGACAUUCAGUUCCUUGAAGACGCUGGAAACAAUGUUGAGGUGGAUGAGUCACUUUUCCAGGAGAUUGAUGACUUGGACUUGGAUGAAGAUGACCCAGACUUUGACCCUUUAGAUAUGGGCAGUGAUGAGGACUAAAACAGUAGGACAGAGUUCUGCAGAGGACUGACAGGACCAUACUGGCUCCUCUGUGGGAUAAGAUCAUCUGACCGGACACAUUCAAGAAGAUCCAACAGCUGCAUUUCUUUUGUAAAGACUCAACAGCUGGAGAAGCAAUCGUCAUAAAUACAACAUAUACAUUCAGUUUACCCACGAGUGUUCAUUUCUAUAAAUGUUCAAAAUGCAGCACAUCCCAGUGACAGGCCUGUUAUCUGGCCACAAGAGGGCAGUACAAUAGCAAGUAUGGCCAGGGAAGUAUGGAUGGAGAAGUAUAUUCCAUUACCUUUACUUUAGUCUCUUUGACUGUCAUCUCUGAAAAUUAAACACUCAUUAUGGAGAGCGACCUGUUCCAAA